AUGCCGAGUUCAAGCAUCCCUGAGCAUGUCGACUUGCUCGGCAAUCCCACUCCGGUGAUGAAAUGGCUUGAGGAGCAAGACGUGGGAAGCCAACAGAGUCAUGCCGUGAGCAUCUUCGACACAAUCCUGGGAGAAGCCGCCCAGCCCAGAUCUGUCUCGGGGAACGCCUGUGUGCGGCUUUGUGGCUUUGUAGAGCGAGUGUCCAAGUCUGAGUCAGAGCCGCUUCAGUCGUGGGCGUUUUCUCGUGAUGUGGCUUUGCGGCUUUACGACUUCUACAUUGACUGGAACGAGUUUGAUCAUCACCGGUCAAUGAGGCUUGUCCUGGACCUGAUAGCGCAGCUUCUUCGGAGGAAUCCCAACAACAAGGCGGCUUUGGAGACCCGGGAUACGCUGCUGGAUAACCUAGUCUCGAUUGUAAUCGGCCGCUCUACAAAGCCUGUAGCUAAAUCGGCCCUCAAGACGCUUGACUACUUCCUCGCCAAGGGUGUUUUCAGCUUGGACGACGUCAAAGCUACUCAUCUUUCAUAUCAUCAGGAGCUGGCUCGCGCUGCCGACAUCGAGAUAUGGAAGGUCUUCACCAUAGAGCUGCUACAAUGGACUCGAUUGCACUUCAUCUGCCCAGCGGCCGGGAAGUUCAUCGUGAGCUUGUUUCGUGCCCUGAGGCAAAGGGGUCACGAUGACUCUACGGGAUUGAGCAUUGAGACAUGGCAUAGAUGGCUGCUUGAUUUCCUGACAGAAGAGCCGGUUCUUCUGGAAAACUUCAAGAACUACAUAUUCAUCCCGCUCUUCAAGGUUGAUAGGCCAGAAGGCUUGAAGUUCUUGCAGAGGGUUGGCCAGCAUGAGUCCAAAUCGGCCUCAGCUGUUACACCCGCCGACGAUGACUUUGACGCAAGUGCGCUUCUUACCUUGGCUGCUUUAGAAACCGGAAAGAAAGUUGGUCUUGUCGAGGAGCCAUACAUUGGCAGCGACCAGGCAAAUGAGGACAGCUCAUCCAUCACUCUCCGGGAGAAUGCCCUUGAGAAUGUACUGACGCAUCCAACUCAUGAAGUUCGGACAUCGGCUCUUAGUCUCCUCAUCAGUUCGCCAUCAACGACGAGGCCAUACUCUGCCACCACCUUGGACCUCCUCAAGAGACAUCUAGCCACAUACUUCGCAGAUCCAGAUGCCAAAUUUCGAGUAGACGUGUGCGCUCGGGUAAGGGACAUGUUCAAAAGGGUUCGAGGAGCGAUCUCGAUCCUGAAAAAAAGUAUACCGCGAGCUAGAGCAAAGGCUCGAAAGAAUGCCUUAAAGGACGCAACAUCUGGCACCAGCCAGCAAGCAUUAUACCGAACCAACAUAAUCUCAUGGCCAGAAUCUGAGUUGGUGCACUGCUUGGAGUACCACGAGCAGUUUCUACACUGGUAUCUGAGGUUCUUGUGCGGCGAACUUUCUCCUACGGCUUCUUACCAAAGACACAUUACAUCUCUGAAAAGCUUGAUAUCCAUCCUUCGCAUGGAAGGGGACAGCUCCAAGACUUGGGAGACGGAAGAUGAUCAGCAUUUGUUCUUCAACUAUUUCGACGGGAAGUGGACGCGAGCGCUUGCUGAUCUAGUAAUGGAUCCAUUCGACGACGUUCGGGAUACCGCCUCGCUUGCAUUGGCCCAGCUUUUUGCUGAUAAGCGAUAUCGAAACUUCACUCUCAGUCCUCUAGACUCUCGUCAGAAGCCUUCAGAAGAGCUGGAUGAACUCUUACAUCGAGCUGAGAAGGUCUCGGUUCGGACAGCCAGAGCUGAUCAUUCAGAUGGAGUUGCUAGAGCCUCGCAAUUGCUGUACAAAUUCUCGGACACGGAAGAUGAGAGGCUGCGGCUUCUUUCCAAACUUGUCGAAACCUUGGAUCAAAAGGUAUCAAGGGCCGAAGCAGACUUGGGACAGGCCGUUUUGGAGCAGCCGCUGCAUAGUACAUUUGCAUCGCUGUGCUUCACCUGGCAAGCUGUUUCUGAAAAGAAGCUGUCAAAAUCCGAGGCGGAAUCCGCGACUGCACUGCAGGAUAAGAUGAUUGCUUGCUGCGAACGAGUGUGGAAAGCCGUACGCGAUGUUCUCUGCGAUGACUCUCCAGAGGGGCACUUGCCAGAGGAGAUGGAGGAUACCGAAGGUCUUGAUACAAAGGGUCUCUUGAGCUACAGUUUCCGUGCCAUACAUGAGUCUAGCAAUCUCAUGCGAACAAUAGCGCUCAGUAUGAGAAACCGGUCCCGCGAGGGGCUUAUAACUCCAUCUCGAAAAGCCUUUGAAACUAUUGGAAACCUGGCAUUUGAACAGCUCGCCAAUCUGAGGCAUCGCGGUGCGUUCACAACGGUCGCUGCAACCUUUGCGACUUGUUGCCAGUUGACGAAGCAUUUGGACCCUGUUGAGGGCAGAGAAUCUCUACUCGACGUAUGGUACAAGGGCACCUUGGACGAAAUCUUCACUCAAAGGUCAACUACUCGAAGAUCUGCUGGUAUCCCCUCAAUGAUGACCGGCAUUCUCUCUGCAAAUGCAACCAACCCGUCUUUUGAGGAUGCAAUGGCCAAGCUCAUCGAGAUCGCAAGCAUCGAAGCCCGAGUAGUAGAAACAGACGGAUCCAACUUACCCCAAGUUCACGCCUACAACUGUCUCAAAGACAUCUUCAAGAACUCGCUGCUGACAUCCAUGGGCAACAAAUCCGAGAAAUAUCUUCCCCAGUGCCUCGAGCUGGCGGCCAGUGGGCUCAGAUCCGAGGUCUGGGCUAUUCGCAACUGCGGCUUGAUUUUCCUCCGCAGCCUCAUCGACAGCCUCUUCGGAUCGCAGGAGAGCAAGGCGAUGAUUGAGGCUGGCUGGGAUGGAAAAGCCAACAGAAUCCCCUACCACCGCUACCCCAACCUCCCGACGGUGCUGGCGGGCCUCCUGAAAUCCGGCCACAAGAUGGUGACAUCGACAAACGCCACAUCCUCGGCCGAGUCAGUCUUUCCGGCAUUGGACAUCAUCCGCCGAGCUGGACCGCCCGAUCUCCUUCGAGACGAGAUCCAGGUCCAUGUCGCUGCCUACCUAUCGAGCCCUGUAUGGCAUGUCCGCGAAAUUGCUGCCAGGACCCUCUGCUCUUGUUUGCUACACGACAAGUGGCUUGCCGUCAUUCAAGGCUUGGUGCACAAAUCUCUGAACGACAAAAGUAUUAACGGCCAAAACCAUGUACACGGAGUCCUCCUGUCACUCAAGUUCCUGAUUGAGAGGUUCGGCGAAGUAGCGCCAGAUCGUUUGUUUGCUGAUUUGCCCGAGUUGACGGCAUUCCUUGAGACAUGCCGCAUUGACAGCACAUACGUGCACUGUCCCGACAUCAUCGCCGCGUACCUAGAGGUCAUCAACAUGAUAUGGAUGUCCCAGAUAUCCAAAGCCCAACCCUUGCAACCCCCCAAGGUUCUGAUACCCACGAACAAUGGAUCUGCGCUGCUCAAAGCCCAAAGCAUCAUAAGCAGAACACUAUCAGCGUCUCAGGAGGAAGAUGCCGUGGGCAAAGUCAAGGCUUUCCUCUUUGGCAGCCGCCUCGGCGCCGACACCAUGGUUGCUGCUCUCGAAUCGGUGCAGAGAUUGUGGCACCCAGCUUCCACUCCUGACCAUAUCCGAGUCGCCUUAUGCGACCUGUACAUUGACGUCUGUCUCAAGACCAGCUUUACGGAGCCUCAAGUCGUGGCCAUUGAGAACCUCGUCGAGUUGAUGAACCAGCUCAUUGCGCAGGACAAGCUCGACUCCCUGCCUAUAGACUCGCUCAUGAGCAUGUGGGCGGUCCUGCCCCAGCGCUCGCUCAACCCCUCCCUCUCCAACGCAAUUGUGAGAGUCAGCGGGUGCUUGGUAGCCCUCAAGAGCCAUGCUAAGCAGCUCUCGACAUCCGCUCUUCGCAGCUGGGGUGCGAUGAUGGCCGAUGCAGGGUCAGAUGACAAGAGCUUCGACACGCGCUUCGCAGCAGCCCAAUCCCUCUCCUCCUUCUUCAGCGUCUCCAAAACGCACUGCACCAGCGAAGAACACCUCCCGGUCCUGUUAGCCCUCUACGACGCCCUCAACGACGACGACGACGAAGUCCGCGAAGCAGCAUCCGCCGCCGCAAGGAACAUCCUCGGCAAGAACCUCGCCCCCCUGGAAGCAUCCAGCAGCCUCCUCCACUGGCUCGCCGAGCACUUUCCCAGCAGCGCCGCGCUCAAGGACAUUGUCGCAAGCCGCGUCACAGGCCAUGCUGCCGGACAACAACAACAACAACAACAACAACCAUGGAAGUCGCCCGAAGCCCAGCUCCAUGCCGCUCUCAGGGCGGACGACUCCCUGUUUGCCGUGGAAGAGCAGAAUCUCUUCAUAGACGAGGUCCGCGAGGCUCAUCGCUGGAACGCACUCUUUGAAAACCUCGACUGGAAGAGCAGUGAGGAAGAAGCAUCGUCAUCGGAGCAAGAUGGAAAGACGAUACUCCGCAAGCUGGAUGAUUGGAUCUGCGAGGGGCUGCAUCAGAUGCAGCAGUUGGUGAGGCAAGAGGACGACGGGCCUCUCGGCUGGGCGUCGAACCCUCACGUCUUUGCCAUUGGAACGUACAUUCUUCGCGGCGCGGCGACGUUGAACAAGCGUCACGGCUCGCCCAGGUUACGCAAGGCUGUGCUGGAGAUGAAGGAACUGCUGAAGGAGCCGAGCCAUCACCGUGUUUCGAAACUACUCAUGGAACCCUUGGAGGAGGCAUAG